GAUAGAGAGAGAGAGAGAGAGAGGAAGAGAUGGCGGGAAAAAAUAUAGAACCCUGGUGAGCAGAGGCCGGCCGGAGAAGAUCUAGGGUUUUCGGUCUGUUCCGUCUUGUUCUGGUAAAUCCAUGAAGGACGGUCCGCCAUCUUCCCCGGAAGACGCUACGACAGAAGCAGCCGGAGACGAGGACGGCGGCGGAGGGACUCCACCGGCCAGGCCGCCAGCUAACCCCUACCGUGGUGUCCGGAUGCGCAAGUGGGGAACCUGGGUGGCGGAGAUCCGGGAGCCGAGGAAAAAAGGCCGGAUCUGGCUCGGUUCCUACGCGUCUCCUGUAGCAGCGGCGCGGGCGUAUGACACAGCCAGCCUCUGCCUCCGCGGCCCCGCCGCCCGCCUCAACUUCCCUCGCCUCGCCGGAUCCAUCGAGAUCCGCCAGGAUAUGUCCGUCGAGGACGUCCGCCGGAAGGCCGCCGAGGUUGGGGCGAGGGUCGACGCUUUCGAGGCCGGCCUCCGAUCUCUCCGGGAGGGGCUGUUCCAGGGGUUCAGGAGAGCUCACUUCGGACCAGACUUGGAUCUGAUAGAGAGCCGUGAUCUCCAGACAGGCGUACCGGAUCUUCCGAGUCGAUUUUUUAAAACUGUUGUUGUGAAGAAUUAUUGUACAAAACAUUACCAUGGAAGACAUCGGUCCAUCAAGGGAAAAUCUUACAUGGACUGAACCACAAAUGGACUACUUAGUAGCUGAGUAUAUCGGUAUAAGGGCACCCUCUUCAGACCGUUUGAUUCAUUCGAAGUAGCUAAGCAUCACAUGAAUGAGUAUGUCCACAACAAGUAUGGUGUGCAAGUACGUAGGCCUCCAGUCAUUGAAAGUGUCAUCGCAAAGCAAGAUAUAGAAGACCCGAAGUUUGUUGAACGGAAGCGCAACCACAAAUGUUGGAUUACUUGUUUUGUAAUUACAUGUUUUCUUUUUUGGAUAUAUACUCAUUAAAC